GGCGUUUAUCGAUUCCCGUCACCCGCUCCACACAUUGAAAAUUGAAAAUAUGGCAAACCCAUCACCACCUUGCGUUUUAACUUUUGCGGGCACAGACCCUAGCAGCGGCGCUGGUUUGCAGGCAGAUAUUCUGACUUUUGCCAGCAUCGGCUGCCACCCGCUUUCGGUUGUGACUGCUAUUACCGCGCAAGAUACCGUAGGGGUUGAAGGCGUGCUGGCGAUGGAUGCCGAGUGGGUGAAUGACCAAGCACGUGCUAUUUUAGAAGAUGUGCAAAUCUCUGCUUUUAAGUUGGGUCUGCUAGGCUCGGUAGAAAAUAUUGCGGUGAUAGCCGAAAUUAUGGCUGAUUACCCCGAUGUGCCUUUGCUGAUUGACCCCACAUUAACUUCAGGGCGCGGUGAUGAUUUAAGCAAUGAUGAAAUGAUGGAAGCGAUGACAACGUUGCUCUUUCCGCAAGCUACCUUGAUUACUCCAAACAGCCUUGAGGCGCGCCGCUUAGCCUUUGCAGAUAGUGAUAAUGAAAUUGCCCACACAUCGCUAGAUGAAAGCGCAGCACGCCUGUUAGCCAUGGGGAGUGAGUACGUACUUAUUACUGGCACGCACGAGCGCACUUUAGAAGUGACCAACACGCUUUAUGGUGAAAAUCAGCUGAUUAAAUCUUACCAGUGGGAGCGCUUGGUGGGUAGCUAUCACGGCUCAGGUUGCACGCUCACCAGUGCAAUUGCCGCCUGUUUAGCGCACGGAUUGACUAUGGAAGAAGCGGUAGCAGAAGCACAAGAACAAAAAAUCUCUGGUUUAUAUGCCAUCACGCCAGAUAUUGAAAACACCAAUUUAUUGCUUGCAAAAGUAGAAGCGGCAUUACAAGGUGGCGCCAACGUUUUGCAAUAUCGCAAUAAACUUGCCAGCCAUAAACUCAAAACCCAACAAGCCCGCGCACUGUUGCCAUUGUGCAGGCAAUACAACGUGCCUUUGAUUAUUAACGACUCUGUCAAACUAUGCUUAACAUUAGAUGCAGACGGCGUGCAUUUAGGUGCUGACGAUGGUAACUUGGCUGAAGUAAGAGCAAGAAUUGGCGAUGAUAAAAUUUUAGGUGCAUCAUGCUAUAACCGCUUUGAUUUAGCAUUAAGCGCCCAGCAAGCAGGGGUUGAUUACGUAGCUUUUGGUGCAUGUUUUGCAUCUGGCACCAAGCCAAAUGCCGUGGUGGCAAGCUUAAAUUUAUUUAGACAAGCGCAAACCCAAUUAGCCGUGCCAACGGUAGCCAUUGGCGGCAUUACGCUAGAAAAUGCCAGCCAAGUAAUACAAGCGGGUGCAUGCGCCAUUGCCGUGAUUAACGCACUUUUUGCGACAGUGGAUGUAAAAACCACCUCAGAAAAAUUUACGCAAUUAUUU